GUACCUGUUUCAGUUUCACAGACGUGUUAAGAAAAAGAAAGAAAAAAAAAAAAAAACUUCCAUUUUCCUCUCUCAACAAAAAAAAUGUCUCGAUUGCUCUCAAAAACCCUAAUCCCAACCGGAAGAUUCUUCCUCCUCCGUAAUUUCAACAACCCGGCGGCGAUUAAAACACCAACACCACCAAACUCCGUCUGUUUCAGCCGCCGCUUUUCAUCGAUACCACACCUCAUCGAGGUCGACAUCGAUACCAAAACCAAAGCCGAAGCCGCGAUUCUCAAGAAGCUCAACGAGUUCGUUAGAAGGAUCAUCGUUCAUAAUUCGACUCCGGAUUGGCUCCCUUUCGCACCUGGCUCCUCCUUUUGGGUACCUCCUCAUCAGAUCACCGCCAAGAAGAUUGCGAAUUUGGUCGAUAAGGUCACUAAUCCGUUGACGGAGGAAGAGACUCUUUCUCUUUCGUCUCCUUUUGGUUGGCCUUCUUCCUCUUUCUUCAUCCCUCCUCCAGAUGAUUCAUCAUCAACACAAGAGGUAGAAGCUACGACCAUGGAUUUGAAAAUCCUGGGGAAUGAGAUGUUAGAAGUCAAGUUAGCACAUUAUCCAGAUCCGAUUUACUUUUUCAAACCAGAAGAUGGGAAAGAGUGAGUUGAUCGAUACCUUUUUCCAGUGCUGAGGGCAGGUAACAAGAUUGAGAGUAUUAAGAAGACUUGCAUCUUAUUAUGCCUUUUCUUUGGUUUUGGUUAUGGUCUGCUUUUGCUCUGUAUGGAUGAAUUUGAGAGUUGCAUCUCAUCUUGAUCUUGUUUAGUAUUCAGAGUUGUAUCUCUUCUUAUGCUCUUCUUUGGUUAAGUUGUGUGAUGCUCUGUAUGGAUUUCUGAUUAUAUUAAAGUACGGGGUUUGCAUGUUU